UACGGGAGGCGUUACACCCGUCGCCACUACAAAAGAAAUUUCCCAUAGGGAUGCUGCCGAUCUGACGGAGUGCUUGUCAUCCAUCGGCUCCAAUGAUGUAGGGACGAAGGCUCAUGUCAAAACAACACGAAAAAGAACGUGAAAUGUGCUUAAUGAAUUAGCUCUCUUAUCCUUACUAUUGAUAAUUAGUAGAAAUAAUUGAAAACUUCUUAUUGGAUUAGCUGUGUUAGCAAGUGAAAUUGAGUUAGCUUAAUGAACUACUUACGGCUAUCUUUGGUUAGUCAUUCAAUUAAAUUCCUAAAUUUAUUCCUACGGACGUAAACAGUAAUUUGACUAGACCUGCUAUUACGAAACGGUAUAUGACGUAGGGACCAUAGACUGGAGUCACAGAAUUGUGAGUAUUUACAAAUGUAAACAUGACCAACAAUCAGAAUUCAUUUAUUUUUAGCUUUAAAGCCUUUUCAACAAUAAAGAAAUUGCUACGAGAACCGUGAUUUUGUCCUACGUCUUACGCCGUGACAACAUUCUUUAAAGAAUUCUACUCGGCAAGGUUGUGCUGCUUGUAGCGAAGGUCAAAUAAAGGACGUAUCCACGAUGGUCCGUACGACGCGAUCCGCGGCGAAAGCCACCUCUGGGACACCUCAGCGCAUUUGCGAAAAGUGCAAAAUCCCCGACAACGUAGCAGAUAUGGUAGCUUGCGAGCGAUGCAAUCGUUGGUACCAUUGUGCGUGUGGGGAGAUGGCCGAGAAUGUCACCGGUAAGUGGAUAUGCAAAGAUUGUGCUUUAACGGGCAGUGGCGAUUCAGUAUCCGGGAGAACCAGCAGUACUUCGCGAUCGACGAGAGUCCAAUUGCAGCUCAUGCGGUUGGAAGAGGAAAAGAGAGCUCAAGAGAAGCUGAUCCUUGAGCAGCAGGAACAGGAGCGUGUACGACAAGAGAAGGCGCUAGCAGCCAAAGCUGCUCUCGAUAAGAGAUACUUGGAUGAGAAGUAUGCUCUGCUCAUCUCUCAGGCCGAGGAUGAUGAGGCGGGAAGUCAGCGUAGUCGUCGGAGUCGUGUGAGUCGUGGGACUCGCAACAGCCACAUUGAGGAGUGGGUCAACAGUGUGGACGAAGCAGCUGGAGGGAACCCAAUGCCAGAAAACGUCGAAGACAUUUUUCCACCGAUUUCGAUUGCUGCUGGUGCUAACGUGCCGUGUGGAGGCAUGCUGACCAGGUAUACUGGAACGAAACCCAAGCAGUAUGCAUCGAGCCAGAUGCACGAUGAACGUCGAUCGUCUCUCCCCAAGCCGGCGAACGAAUGCGUGGGCGAAAACAUUUGCACGGAUGGUAUGUCGUCUAUCGCCGGAAUGAAAGACCCAGUUACGGCAUCUACACCUAUUAGAUCGGUUGGUUUCCAACAGCCAGUGGUGCAACCGUCGCCACACACACAAUCGAUGAGCAUACAGCCGGUAUAUACGCAGCCAGUAUAUGCACAGUCGGUGUUUGUUCAACCGAUUCAACCGCAGCGUACACUACCAAAGCUGGUUCCGCGACCGCCUCUGCCAACAUUCUUGUACCCAGAGCCGAUUGCACUGUACAAACCUCCCGCGUCUCAAACCCAUGUCCCAAUUCCACCACUGAGUGAACAGUCGUUUCUACAGUCGAGGGUCAGUCGGCCGAUAACAUCAAGCGUCGAAUUGCCUACAUCGACUUCGGCACAACCACCACCGACACUGCAGGAUCAUGUGUCGGCACCGUCGCACCCUCCGCCGGUAGAACUGCCGUCGCAUCUAUCGAUUGAUUGUUCAACCGAACCGCGAUCGAGCAUGUUAUUACCACCGACGACACAGGCGUCGUCUCAGCAGCAACACACACUAUCGCAUGGACCGCGAUCGCUGUGUGAUCAAUUAGGUGACCUCUCACUACCACCAUCUGUACUGCGGGCGUCGACGUCGUACACCCCUCCACUGCCACCACCUUCUUUUCCCGAUGGUGAGUUGUCUUUGCUCAACAGAUCGGAACAUCAUCCGACGCUGUCACGCGUACCACUACAGCAAUCGGCAGAGCCUUACGCUACUCAGCUACAGCAGCUCCAGAACCAGCAAGCCAUGUGGGGACAAUUUCAGCAACAAUUGUCUGCCAGGCAGGUAGUACCGAAGGAGCUCCCAAUAUUCAAUGGGAGUCCCGAAGAAUGGCCACUUUUUAUAAGCAGCUUCCACAACUCGACUGCCAUGUGUGGGUACUCGCAGUCAGAAAAUCUGAUGAGACUGCAGAGAUGUCUCAAAGGCAAGGCGCUGGAAGCUGUGAGGAGCAAUCUGCUGCUACCUUCAUCGGUCCCGAAGAUUAUGGAGACGCUGGAAACGUUGUUCGGGAGCCCAGAGCGUCUGGUCCAGUCGCUGCUCAACAAAGUGCGCAGUGUCCCCAUCCCAAAAGCGGAAAGACUGGAAACGCUGGUCAAUUUUGGUCUCGUUGUCCAGAAUCUUGUUGGCCAUCUCAAGGCCGCUAACCAGCAAGCCCACUUAACCAAUCCGACCCUACUGCAAGAGCUGGUGGACAAAUUGCCGCCACACCUCCGAUUGGACUGGGCUUUGUAUAAGAAAAGCGCUGGUCUAGUCGAUCUCGGAACAUUUUGUGACUACAUGAGUGUCAUCACGUCGGCGGCGAGUGAUGUAGCGCACUUCAACGAUUUCGAUGGAGUACGCCCGGUGGGAAGCGAGAAACAGAGGAAGGAAAGAGCUUUCGUGAAUGCUCACGUGUCUGCCGAGCCGCGGAAUUUUGAACAGGGAAAGAAGGCAGAAAACCAGGAGAGACCUUGCUUCAUCUGCCAGAGCGUGAAGCACCGAAUCAAGGACUGCCACAAGUUCAAGUCUUCAAGUCUCGGUGACCGAUUAAAAGCAGUUGAAGCACAUCAGCUUUGCUCGGUCUGCCUCGUACCCCACGGAAGAUGGUCGUGCAAGUCGACACGCACCUGUGGCGUCGAUGGUUGCACCAAGAAACAUCAUCCGUCGCUUCAUCCGAGUCAGCCAACUGGCACCAAACCUUCUUCCUCAGACAGCAGCGGAGCUCGUCCAAAACCGGACGCCGUUGUAAGUAUUCACCGUCGAAGUCAUAGUGCAGCUAUAUUUCGUAUAAUCCCUGUGGUGCUGCAUGGCAAGGGAGCACAAGUAGCUACAUUUGCUUUCCUUGACGAAGGUUCUUCGUCGACGCUCAUCGAGAAAGAAGUCGCAGAUCAGCUUAACCUCGACGGCGAGCUGCAGCCGUUAUGUUUGACGUGGACGGCGAAGGUUUCUAGACACGAAGCGGACUCCAGAUUGGUCAACCUGAAGAUUUCGGGUGUGGAGGGCAGCAAAAGUUUCCCCUUGACUGGAGUGAGCACCGUUCGCCAGCUGGAACUUCCAGUACAGUCGCUACGGUAUGGAGAAUUGUCUCAACAGUUCCCAUAUUUGGCCGGUCUACCGGUGAAAAGUUACGAAAAGGCCGUUCCGAGAAUCCUGAUUGGGCUGGACAACAUUAAACUGUCGCUGCCUCUUAAGACGCGGGAAGGAUGUCCAAGCGGGCCAGUAGCAGCAAGAACGAGACUAGGAUGGACGGUAUUCGGAAGCGUAGGUGAUUCGAAGAUGGAUUCGAGGUCGCCGCUAUUGCACAUUUGCAAGAGCGUGGAGGAUAUCAAGCUACAUGACCUGGUGAAAGGAUAUUUCGCGGCGGAGAACUUGGCUGUAUCCGUAGCUUGUGGACCAGAAGCGGAAGAAGAUCGUAGAGCGAAGGAAAUUUUGCGACGAACAACGGUGAAGAGAGCCGACGGCCACUACGAAACCGGAUUGCUGUGGAGGAGUGAUGUAGUGGAACUGCCGUCCAGUUACGACAUGGCAGUGCGUCGUCUAAUCUGUCUAGAACGGAAGUUAAGUAAGCGUCCAGAGCUGCAGGCGAGUUUGGAGAAGCAGAUCUCCGACUAUCAGUGCAAAGGCUAUGCCCACAAAGCCACGCCUCAGGAGUUAGAAGGAAGCGACCCGAACCGGACAUGGUAUCUGCCAAUCGGAGUUGUCACAAACCCACGGAAACCCGGUAAGGUGCGUAUCAUCUGGGACGCGGCUGCCAAAGUAAGAGGAGUGUCGCUGAACGACAUGCUGUUGAAAGGGCCAGACCUUCUUUCUUCGUUGCCAGCUGUAUUGUGCCGGUUUCGACAACGACAAGUAGCGAUUGCAGGCGACAUCCGCGAGAUGUACCACCAGCUGAACAUAAGAGAGGAGGACCGACAAGUUCAGCGGUUUCUUUACCGGACAGACCCGUCAACGAAUCCAGAAAUCUUCGUGAUGGACGUGGCGAUCUUCGGGUCCACGUGUUCACCGUGUUCAGCAAACUUCGUGAAGAAUAAGAACGCGGAAGAAUGGAAGGACGAAUAUCCGGAGGCGGCUACAGCAGUGGUAGAAAACCAUUAUGUGGAUGACUACCUAGACAGUCGCGAUACGGAGGAAGACAUGACAAAGCUGGCAACGGAUGUGCGGAGCGUGCAAGCAGCAGCCGGCUUCGAGCUGCGAAACUGGCGAUCAAAUUCGGAAAACGUGUUGAAGUGCCUGGGCGAGAAACCAGCGAAAUCGCCGAAAGAUUUCAGCAUCGACAAGGAGAGCCAAGUAGAACGCGUUCUGGGUAUGGCCUGGUUACCAAACGAGGACGUGUUCGUGUAUUCCGUGACCUUGCCGGACGAACUCGAGCGAUCAACGUCAACCAAAACUCUCACAACUAAGCGAAGCAUCCUGAGAUUCGUGAUGAGCGUAUUCGACCCGCUCGGCCUUAUUUCGAACCUGCUAAUUCACGGCAAGACAAUUAUUCAGGAUCUCUGGAGAGCUCAAGUCGGAUGGGACGACGCCAUUCCUACCGACAUCUUCGAUCAAUGGAUGCGGUGGAUCGACCAACUAUCAAAAUUGAACCAAGUACGAAUUCCACGCUGCUACUUUCCCGAUUACGAUCGCGAGUGUUUCAAAACUAUGCAACUCCACGUAUUCGUGGACGCGAGCGAGUCCAACUUCGCUUGUAUGGCUUACUUCCGUGUCAUCGAUCGUGGUCAGCCACGAUGUUCCCUGGUAGCAGCCAAGGCCAAGGUUGCUCCACUAAAGCCGCUGUCGAUCCCUAGACUGGAGCUUCAGGCGGCGGUCAUCGGAAGCCGGUUAGCAAAGUCUAUAGAAGAGUACCACACUCUUCCGAUCAGCCGCAGAUUCCUUUGGAGUGAUUCCAAAACGGUUCUGUCGUGGAUCAACUCGGAUGCUCGCAAAUAUCGCCAGUACGUGGCGGUACGAAUCGGUGAAAUUCUGGAAGACACACGGUCCGAGGAAUGGCGCUGGGUUCCCACCAAACUCAACGUCGCGGAUGAGGCCACCAAAUGGGGGAAAGGUCCCAUGAUGCAGCCGGAUGGUCGCUGGUUCACUGGACCGGAUUUCCUCUACAUGGAGGAGAAUGAGUGGCCGCAACAGCGAGUGCCACCAACCACCGAAGAAGAACUUCGUGCUAUCCACGUUCAUCACGUACAGUUGAUUCAACCAUUUGUAGAGUGCAGUCGGUUUUCCAGGUGGGAACGAAUGCUUCGGGCCACAGCAUACGUAUACUCGUUUGUGGACCGUUGUAGGAAACAAGAUGUCAAACCGGUCGGUCGUGGUCUGCAGCAGGAGGAUCUUGUUCGAAGCGAGAGAGCUUUGUGGCGACUCGCUCAGGCGGAAGAAUUCGCAGAAGAGUUGACCGUUCUGGAGAAAAAUAAGACUACAAAAGGAGAGCUGAUGAAAUUUGAGGCAGAAAGUCGCAUCAGACAACUAUCGCCGUUCUUGGACGAGUUCGGCGUAAUGCGUAUGGAAGGUAGGACAGAAGCAUCUCCUCUGGCGGCGUACGACGCGAAGUAUCCAGUGAUCCUGCCGAAAACCCAUCGUGUGACAGAACUGUUAGUUGACUGGUACCAUAGACGGUACGGCCACCACAACGGCGAAACAGUGGUCAACGAAAUUCGCCAACGAUAUCACAUCCCAGGACUCCGGGCGAUGAUUCGGAUGAUGGCGAAGAAGUGUCGUUGGUGCGUCGUGUAUAAAACGCGACCGGAGGUGCCCAGGAUGGCGCCUCUUCCGGCUGCGCGAGUAACUCCAUUUGUCCGUCCGUUUUCGCUGGUGGGUAUCGACUAUUUCGGUCCGUAUAUGGUCAAGAUCGGCCGUAGUCAAGUGAAGCGCUGGGUGGCACUUUUCACGUGCCUGGCUGUGAGAGCUGUCCAUUUGGAGGUAGCUGCGUCGCUCUCAACAGAGUCCUUUAAGAUGGCGUUGCGGCGAUUCAUCGCUCGUCGGGGCGCUCCGACGCAGAUCUAUACGGAUCACGGAACAAAUUUCGUGGGUGCUAGUCGGGAAUUGGCCCGUCAAAUGGCUGAAAUGAAUCAGGAGUUAGCGGAGAGCUUCACCGACACCAAUACACGGUGGUUCUUCAUCCCACCAUCUUCCCCGCACAUGGGCGGUGCAUGGGAACGGAUGGUCAGAGCAGUAAAAGCAGCCAUGGAGUCAGUCAACAGUUGCCGGGCACCGUCAGAAGAAGUAUUCCAGACUAUUCUCUGCGAGGCGGAGUUGAUGGUAAAUUCCAGACCGUUGACGUACGUGCCGCUGGAGACGUCAGAUCAGGAGGCGUUGACCCCAAACCAUUUCAUCCAUCUGAGCAGCAAUGGAGUCAAGCAACCGGAAAAAAUGUCGACUACGGAGAGCCAGGCAUUGCGAAAUGGGUGGAAUCUGUGUCGCUACGUCCUAGACCAAUUCUGGGCUAGAUGGAUACGGGAAUAUUUGCCGGUCUUGACUCGGCGCACCAAGUGGCAUGAAGAAGUAAAACCCAUCCGGAAAGGAGAUUUGGUAUUCAUCGUAGGCGAGGCCAUCCGGAACCGUUGGCCUAGGGGCAAGGUCGUUCAAGUUAUACCAGGACGGGAUGGACGCAUUCGACAAGUCGACGUCCAGACUAGUGCAGGAGUACUACGCCGUCCCGUGGCGAAGCUUGCGGUACUUGACGUACUUCCAGUAGGUAAUCCUGCUGGACUGGCGCAGCAUUACGAGGAGGGGAAUGUUACGGGAGGCGUUACACCCGUCGCCACUACAAAAGAAAUUUCCCAUAGGGAUGCUGCCGAUCUGACGGAGUGCUUGUCAUCCAUCGGCUCCAAUGAUGUAGGGACGAAGGCUCAUGUCAAAACAACACGAAAAAGAACGUGAAAUGUGCUUAAUGAAUUAGCUCUCUUAUCCUUACUAUUGAUAAUUAGUAGAAAUAAUUGAAAACUUCUUAUUGGAUUAGCUGUGUUAGCAAGUGAAAUUGAGUGAGUUGCCACAAAUGAAUUGUUAAAACAAAAACUUAUAAACGAACUACACAUACAACACAUUUUAGGUUAGCUUAAUGAACUACUUACGGCUAUCUUUGGUUAGUCAUUCAAUUAAAUUCCUAAAUUUAUUCCUACGGACGUAAACAGUAAUUUGACUAGACCUGCUAUUACGAAACGGUAUAUGACGUAGGGACCAUAGACUGGAGUCACAGAAUUGUGAGUAUUUACAAAUGUAAACAUGACCAACAAUCAGAAUUCAUUUAUUUUUAGCUUUAAAGCCUUUUCAACAAUAAAGAAAUUGCUACGAGAACCGUGAUUUUGUCCUACGUCUUACGCCGUGACAACAC